ACCUUCGUAGCUUUACCAUGUUUGCUUUGAAUUUGACGUAAUCACUGACGUCAUCACCAUGGAAUCUAGUCCAGAGACUAUACGCGUCAUCAGGGAGCCUCGAGCUCCACCUAGCGACGGUAGCGUGACGUUCAGUCCAAGGUCAAGGGAGUUUAACCCGCCUCCCGCUCCUACGAGAAGAAGAAGGCUCCCGCUGCCACAGCUAGGUCCGGAUGUUGAAUCUUACGCUUUCCUGGACUCUUUACGGAUGGUGCGAGCACCAGGGGAAGCUCAGGACGCAUUUUCUACGUCAUCAGAUGAUGACGAAAGGACCAACGACGUAGAAGCAUCUGAUGAUGUCAUUCGUAGAGUGGCGUCGUUUUCGCGGCGAAACGCGGUAGUUGACCAGCGAGCACGUAGGAGUAGCAGAGUGCCGACUAAUCUUGAGCAGUUUCUACGAAGAUUAAACGACGAAGAACUUGCCAAUGAAUUCCAAGCUUGGAUGUUAGAGACUCGAGAUCGAACCCCACCCCCGGUACCUCCUCCACCACCUCCACCGCAAGCAUCAAGACGUAGGACUCUUUACGAUUUCAUGAAGAAGUCGUUCUGUUUGGUGGGUACGCUGGUAGUGGGUGUUGUGUUCGUUUUGUUCGGUGUCGUGUUCGUAGCAAACAGCGUGGUGCUUGAAAACGAUGUUAAAAACGCUUACGUUAUUGCUGGUACUGCAUUGGUCGGCACAGGUGCUCUCAUUAUGAUUCUGUACACUGCGUGGCAUUGCUACCAGAAAGUUAUCAAGAUCAGGAUGCGGGAACGAAGACGAUCGCAAUAUGCGCAUGCGCGAACCGAUGUGACGUCAGAGACGGGUGUUGGAAGUGACGAACUGAUCAGUUGUACUUUUGCGAGCGGGGAGCCGCCAGAUAUUGACUUCAACCCAGUUGUUGAGCUUUAUAGUCACAGAGGAUCUAGUGUUUGGGCGGGAAGUUCGUUUUCAACCCUCCCGCCACCUUACGUGGAUAUGGAGGUGACCUCAAGUGACCGGCAACUAAGGUUAAUGAACUCUAGUAACCCCAUGCCGUAUUCUGAUGGGACCUCAUUUCAAGGAGGUCCAGAUACUAGAAGCAGAUCUUCAAGUUUGUCUAAGUGGCGCCAGAGAGCAGCUACCGAAUCACGGAUUCAUAGAAGUCGUAUAAUUCAAUCCAGGCUCUCUCUAACGCCCUCCACACGCAGGUUGUCAAAGUACAAAACACUAGAACGCUGAAAUCGUGAAAUAGGUCCGACAAUGACUACUAUGGUACAAAGUGCUUAAAUGCACAUAUAUAUUUAUGACCACUGUAGUUGUAACAACUUUUCCAAAUAACAAUCACCCACCAAGUUACAUACGUGGUAACUCGUAAGCUGGAACAACAUGCAUGAAACAUAACAUCCGUGUUAUAAUGGCUGUCGUUGCUUCCCCAUGCGAGGAUAAAUAAGUUACAUUUAUUUGAUAAGUAAUAAUACUAAACAAUGCUAACUAAACUAAACAUGGUUUAAUGUUGCCAAGAUUAAAAUCCAUUGGAGCAGUCACUUUACGCUGUUCGACCACUAAAAUAGUCAGAUUUUGUUUCUGGCAAACAUGUGAUUUGACACCUAUUGUAUUACCUUCACAUUUAAGUAAAGUUUACUGUUGUAAACACUUUUAUAAAACCUUGCAGCAUAAUAUGCGAUAACAGUAUUCCCUGUUUGUAUAAUGCAUUGUAAUUUACGUGUUCUAUCUAUGCAAUGUACCAAUGUAAUAAAGUACUCCUGGUAACUUUAA